AAACCAUGGAAUCAUGCUGUCAUCCGAUGUAGAAUCAUUUAAAAGCAAUGUAAUAAAUGAAUCCCUACUUCCUACAAGAACUGCCGGAACCUGUGCUAACCCAUGUCUGCCCUGACUUCGAAGGAAACAAAAAAUAAGUCUGUCUUACCUGACAGUUCCCAGCCAACUCACUCCAAACAGGUAUAGUCUUCCUGUUUGGUGAGUGUGCAAGUGUAUGUGUGUCAGUGUGUAUGUGUGUAUUUGGGACUGUUUGCACAAGAGAGGCUCAGCUGGUUUCCUUGGCAGUGGAAACAUACAGUAUGUAAAUAUAGCCAGUGGCUCCACCUCCUGAAUUAAAAAGGGAGGAAUACACUGAGAGGUAGAACAGGAAAGAUGGUAACUGUCAGUGGCAUGUUUGCGGUAAGAUAGCAGCUGGACAAGGUAGGGGAAAACACUGAUUAACUCUGAGGAAUGCGUUGUCAAAAAGGUUUAACACUCGGCUGUUUGAGUGGGGGUUACACAGGGUGAGAAAUGGAGAGAGGGGAAGGUCAGGACACAAGCAGGGGUCUGUCUAAUCUGGCCCUCCUCCUCCUCGUCCCCCAUCCUGUUUACCUGCUUGAAGGAUUUGUAUGGAGCCCUGUGUGUGCUCAUGUAUAAGGUAGGGGGUAGGGAGAGUGGAAAAAGGGACGGCCAUCACUACACCUCCUUCUCAGAGACGGCAGAAGGGAACAAAAAACCUUCACCAAGAGAACAAAAACUGCCAUUGGAUCAUUUAGUUCGUUCUCAUACAGACAUGUUUUGCAAACUCUGGCUUGCUGUUUCAUUGUGGCUUUUGCUGCCAACUUCCAACGCCGGAAGGCAGAUGCCUAAACUUGCUGACAAGAAACUCUGCGCUGACUCUGAAUGCAGCUAUCCUAUCUUGAUAGCUCGUGCACUGCAGGAUUACUACCCUGGAGAUUGCAGGUUCAUCCCCAUCAGACAGGGGCAACUCAUCUAUGUCUAUGCAAUGCUAAAGGACAGAGGGAACCUUUUCUGGGCUGGCAGUGUACAAGACUCUUAUUAUGGGCAGCAGGAGGCUCGCAUUGGCCACUUCCCCAGCAGCAUAGUGGAGGAGACACACCCUCUCAUGCCAGCCAGCACCGAAGUCAAGACUACUGAAUGGGACUUCUACUGUUACUGAUAAGGAGAACAACCUUCUUGUUGACAACUUCCCUUCCACUUUAUUUGGUAUCAUAUGAUCUUACAUAAUAUAUGACAGUACGUAGGUAUCCACAGCAUUCAUAAUCUGCACUUUAGAAAAUUAGGAUAAUAGCUCUAUACAGAAACAGUUCAAAGCACUGAAGAAAGAACCAUUGUUACUUAACGCUCCAGAUUUGACUUAUUGUGUCUCUUUUCUUCUCCAUCAUACCAAUUAUAUAUAUUUUGCAGGUAUGACAAGUAUUAAGUGUAAGUGUAAAAGUGAAAUAAUGUGUUUUAAAAAGGUUUCACAAUUAUAAAUUAUGCAUAUCUUUUAUUUACACAAUAUGUUAAACAACUACUCUUUCUUCAUGAUUGUGUAUCACAAAAGAAUACACAAGAAAUGUCUAUGAGCAAUGUCAGCUGAUCUUUUAAUUUUGGGUGUAAAAUAUAACAAUAAUUUAACUAAAAGGUACAACAAUUAAGCAGAAAAAUUUAAUUAUCAUACAGGUUACUUAUGCAAUAUACUACAUAUACUUUCUUUUUUUCAAAUUUAAUUUUUUCUGAACAAAGGUUUUUUCAGAAAAGGUUUUCUGGCCUACUAUCAUAUUGAGUAAUUAGAAUAAAAGGAAGCUGAUGUAUGUCUAAUGCACAUGCAAGAGUGCAGAGUGGAUUAAAGUAAAUGGAAGCAGUAGUAUUUGUGUUAAAACGUUGUUUGCAUGUUUGAUAAUGGCAAAAUAAAGAAAUUAGUGUUGAAAAUAA